UGGUCUCCUCCUCCCUCUGCCCCAUUUCUGGCCUCCUGCUGCUUCAGUACUUUCAGUGGCCCUCCGGUUCUGGGAGGUGAGUGUCGGGAUGGAUAACGGAGGAGCCCUUUCCGGGCCCGGGGGUGGGGGCCUCCACUCUGCCUCCCCCGCCCAUCCAGGCGGGCACAACGGCUCCUUCAAUCCCCACUCGAGAUGGCAGGCUGAGAUUCCUCUGGGCUCUGUUUCGGGCGGAUUAACUGAAUCUGAGCCCUGCACUGACCCCGCACAAAGCGGGUGAGAUUAGGGGGAGUUAGUUUCAUUCACAGGGGUUUACCGUUUUCUUUCCCAGGGAUUAGCGGAGGGUUUAUAGAUUGGAAUCCUCGUAUUUAAGGCGGCGAGGUGCGGCACGCCAGCCAGCACUCUUCGCCGGGCCCUCUGGACCCGGGCAGCCCGGACUCCACGGACCCCACGGCCGCACCCCUGGCCGUCCGACCGUCCGAUCCACGCCCUCCCCACCGCUGGCCGGCCGAGCCCCAGCUCGGGUCAGGGCAGGCCGGCCGCCCGCCUCCUCGGGGUGGGCAUGUCCUCGGCCAGCCCGCUGGGCACGGGCGCGCCGGGCAGGAGGGGCCCCCGGAAACCCUGCUCCUUUACCAUCGACAACAUUCUGGCUCGCCCUCCCGAGCGGAAUCCCCCCUCCCUGCAGCCCUUCUGCCUACGAGCGGGGGUCCCUAGCGGAGGAGGCCCCGGGCCGUGCGGGCUCCGGGCACCCUCCGGGGCGCUCCGGGAGGACAGCCAGGACCGGGAGGAGGUGGAGUCGGCCGUCUGCGGCUGCGGCUGUUGCUGCUGCUGCCCUCCCCUGCACCCAGCUGGCACCCGACCCCUGCAGGACCCCGCUGCUUGGAUAGGCGAGAAGGUGUGGAACGUAGCGCUGAGAGGUUCCUACUGCCCUGCAGCAGACUGCAGGUUCCCCUGGUCGGUGAAGCUGAUCCCUGCUCCGGGCCGGGCGGGGAAGGGGCCCCGUGGACCACCGCUGCAGCCCCUGCAGCCCCCGCAGCCCCUUCAGCGACGAACGCGUCGACACCGCACCAUCUUCAGCGAGGAGCAGCUGCAGGCGCUGGAGACGCUGUUCCUGCAGAACCCGUACCCAGACGUGCUCACCCGCGAACACCUGGCCAGCCGCAUCCACCUCAAGGAGGAGAGGGUGGAGGUCUGGUUCAAAAAUCGCAGAGCCAAGUGGCGGCACCAGAAACGAGCCUCGGCUUCUGCACUGCUGCUGCAGGGCCCUAACGCUCCUGAGGACAGUUUCUAGGGGGCCCUAGGGCGAGGGAAGGCCUCUAGAGAUCUGAUGAGGGGGUGUCCAGAAGGAUGGGGGCAUGACUCUUAGGGCCGGGGCAUCCGGGGUCUCCCAGGAAGGGGCUGGAGGGUACAGAAUCGCCAGG